AUGAAGAAAUCGUCUGCAGUGAAAAGAAGGAAGUAUACGCUAUUCCCGAAAAUCAAGAAAGCUCCCAUGCUACGUGGAAGCGAAACAUUGCAUCCAGCAAAACCCUUCUCAAUUGAAAGCAACCAAAACGCCAUCAAGGAUGAGAAUGCAGACAGAUAUUCCGAUUCUGCACACAGAAUCAUUGGGAAUGGUCUUGUCCACCGCGGUAAAAUCUGUUUUCCAAAGUCUGACCGAUUAGCCACCAUCCAAGAGGUUGAUAUGGACUCCUCAACAAUCCCAUGUAUGCAACUUAUCUCAACAGAGCCUUGCUCCCAGCAACAGCCAGUGUCGCUCACAACACCACAACAAAAUACAUAUAAGUGCCUUCGCCUGUCGGACCGUUCUGGCUCGAAACUACAACCUGGAAGCAAGCCACCCAUGGCAAAUCCAUGUGAAUCUGUCGGUGUCAAUGAAUUCCCCGGCAGGGUUGCCCAGCACAGACACGGCGCUCUGUUGUCUAACACCCUCGUGCCUGAACUACUUGUGUAUGCCUAUUCCCCUACCUCUCUCGAGUCGGGUAGUCAUCAAAGCCACAUCAUGCUGUAUGAAAAGAACCGUACAGCAGACGCAGGUUCAGUAACCGCGCCGGGUUUGUCACAGAGCAUGGACAUGGGCAGGCCAAGAAAGAAACAACAUGCCAGCAGAAACGAGUCAUCGAUGGAAUGUAAGGGGGCUGAGCUAGUCCAGAACUCAAAGGAAAAGUCUUUCAAGAGCCUGCCUAAAGGCUUAAGGCCGAGGGAGGCUGGAAGGAAGCUGGGUAUACAUGAGUUAAGGGCUGUUUACAGCCAGGCAGUAGAAGAGGCCAAGUGUUUCGAAGAACUUCGCUAUCUCGACGAACGGGCCGAAUAUUUGCGACACACUUAUAAAUCUCUACGAAGCGGGAGAUGUGGUCUCCAACAAUCCCGCAAAUGCGACUAUUUUCAGCCUCGUCACAUAGUUCGAUCUAGCCAUGAGUCAAUGUUAAGACGAGAAGAGGCUUUGGCGAAGCUAGACGCAUCUAUAGAUGACUGGUUCACACGGCUCGAGCAGGCAGAAAAUCGACGCACGCGUAUCCGUCAGAAGUUGUUGGAGCAUAUUGCAGCAGCUACGAUGCUAUUUGUUGCAGAGCACCACCCUUCUUGCGCUAAUGAGUCGUUGCAGCAUCACAAGGAUAUGCAGUUGUCUCCACGGCAUAUCACUGCGCCUUAUCUGAGUGGUCCUGAUGGCACACCUCCCUCCGGUCGACGAGCUGGCAGUACGCUGUCGCGAAGGCAUGUAACAUUGGCCCACCAUGGUGACGGGGAACGACUCGCUGCUAAGCGUAUUGCCGAUAAUCACACAGAUGUCCAGGCUGUCAACUACGCCGCCGCAAGGCGCUACAAUAAGGAAAGCGGGUGGAUUCCUCAGGCAAGUGACGUCGAGGUUCUUAUAGAUAAUUUGGAGAAAGAAGUGUCCAAAAUGGGCAACGGCAUCCAUAUAUGGACUCGCAACUCUCGGUUAGAACGUGAGAGGCUUAAGAGCUACGAGAAGCUCUGUGGCGGAAGUAGACAUGACAGAAUUUCUGUCACGUUGUGA